GAAACAUGUUUACGAAUACGAAUCUCAAUUCCCCUAUAUUUAUAUUACUCUUUGAUUCACACUUCACAGCCACAAUUUUGAACAAGCAUAAAAUAUGUUAUCAGAAAAAAAUAUUUGAGAUUACAUUUUUGAUAAAAUAGAUUUAGGAUGGAUAAAUGUGCAGACCAGAUGUUGGAGUUUGAACAAGCGUUGAAAAAUAAGAGUUCAAAUAAGUGUACUUUGUAUUCAGCAGAUACGAAUUUAAUUUCAAAUAAUUAUAAAAUAGAGGAUGUGAUAUUAAGCGUUUCAAAACAAAUAAAAGCCUUGCAGAGCGCGGAUUGUGUAAAUAAACAACAUAAUAUAAACAAUGUCAAAUCUUCAGGGCAUGGUUUGUUGUCAAAGGGGACAAUAAUGGAAAAUAUACCAAACAAAUUUGAAACGCAAUGUGUGUCAGACACACAGUUAAUUGAAAUAGUACAAAUUGUGGAAGCACAAGAAGUUGAUACAGGUAUAAUAAAAGAAUUUGAUACUUCAUUUUGUCAAAAAAUUAAUCAUACUGAUUAUUCUGAACGUGUGUGUACCGAAAAGGUUGAUAAGAGUAAUAACACUAAAUGUUUAUAUAGUAGUAAUACAGAUUCCAGACAAAAUGGCCCACCUAAUAAUGAUAAUUCUAGUGGCUUAAAUGGAAUCGUAAAAAAUGGAGAAAGCAUGAAGCUAGAUAAUAUUGUUCAAGGUACAAUUGAAGGAUGCAAAGAAAUUUCAGAUUCAGAAGAUUUUCAGCACUAUCAAGCAUUAGAAGAUUUGGAAAAAAGCCCAAUAAUAAGUAAAAUUAAUCCUUCUUUUAUUAAAACUCCACAAUCCUUAGUAUGUAAAUUGGAUUCAUUUGAAAAGUUUGAAGCAUUAGCUCUGCCUAUAAUUGAGCAAUAUCCUGAUUUAAAAGUUGCGAAGAAAGUCAUUGAUUCCCAAAUUGAAAGUAAAGAAUUAUUUUUUGAGACAAAUGUUGAUCCAAUUUUGAAAAGCCACAAGCUUAACACAAGUCCAAUUUUAAAAUCUAACAUUGACAUUAAAAAACAUUAUAAUAUCCCCAUAUGCUCCACGUCUGAACAUAAAUCUCAGCAAAGUAUGAGUGAAGAUGAAAUUUUGUUUAGCAGUGAUGAAGAAAAUAACCAUUCAACAAAUGCUGGUGAAGAUUUGCCUUUGACUAGUGCUCUACAGACUUCUUUUUAUGACUAUACUGGUGUUUUAGAUAAAACAAUGUAUGUAGGUUUUCAGACUGCCAGCAACAAUACCAUAAAAGUACAUUCUGAUUCAUUUAUUAAGGCCCAAAGUCUUUUAAAUAGUCAUGAGCUUGAAACUUUAGAUUUCACAGACCUUGUUUACAUGUUCGACAAUUCUUAUAGAAGUUCAAACAAUACAAAUGACAUAGAGGCGAAUCAUACAAAUAUUAGCUUGUCAACAAAUAACCAUCGUGUUGAUAAACAAAGUUUAGGUGAAAAUAUAUUUCUUGGUUUUCAAAAGGCUAAUGGUAAAACAAUUGAUAUAUCUCAUGAUGCACUAAUAAAAGGAGCAGAACUAUUUAAAGAUAUUGAUACAAAUGGUAAAAUGUCACAAUCACAAGAAAGUUCACAUAAUAAAUAUAAAAAUCACUUGGAAGCACACAGUUGCAAUCUUACUAAAACCAUUAAACAUAAACAUACUCAAGAUACUAUUAAAACUACUACUUCUUUACCAAGUAAGGUGAUAAUAAAACAGGAUAAUGUUGAAUGUCAAAUUAAUAGAAUCAUCAAUGAUGUAGAAAACACAUUUGUUAAAAUAGAUGAUGAUAAUAUUAUAAAGGAGUUUGAAACUAAUUUAGUUGAAAAGGGAGAAAGUAAUAAUGCACUGUCAUACCCAAAAGAAUAUAUUGGGAUGACAGGCUCAAUGCCUAAUUCAAAACUAAUAAAUAUAUCAAAUAAAGUUAUAGAAAAAACCAAAAGGUUUCAAUAUAGCCCUGAGAUCAAAAAUGCAUGUAAUGCAACUCCAAUUACUGAAUUAUCUGGCUUCAAAACAGCAAGUAACAGAAGUAUUGCAGUUUCGGAAAAAACUUUAUUGAAGUAUCAAAAUAUAUUAGAUAACAUAGAUUUCACAAAUGUUUUGGAACCAUUUCAAGAUAUGGAAAACAAAGAAUCUGGGACAUGUGUAAUGCCAACGUUUAAAGGUUUUUCAACAGCAAGUAAUAAAGAAAUAAUAGUAACUAAAGAAGCUUUAUUAAAAAGUAAAGUAGUUUUUGAGAAUAUUGUUAAAAAUUCCGACGUAACGGUAAACAAUGAUAGAUUAAGCAAAACACACUCAGAUAUGUUUGAAACCUUCAAAAUUGCAAAUAAUAAUAAAACAGAAGUGUCUAAAGAAGCCUUAUGUAGAAGUGAUAAAAUAAUUCAUAAUAUCUUGGAAGAAGAUAUAGAAAAUAUUAGAAAUACCUCUAAUAAGGUAUAUGAACCAGGAAUAGAGCUCCAAGGUUUUGUCACUGCAAAUAAUAAACCUAUAAUAGUGUCUUCAAAAUUAAUUGAUAAAUAUAAAAACAUUUUUGAAGACAUUGAUAUAAGUGAAAGUAAUGCCAUACACAAAGUUGAACAUCAAAGUAGUAAAAAUCUUUCUAAAGAUGUAACUAAAAUAACCAAUUAUGAAUCUAAAUUUCAUCUACAUUCAAAUCAAAAAACAGUUGAUGUGUCGAAGACAAUAGCAAAAGGUAAAGAAACAUUAAGAGAUUGUUAUAGUUUUCAAGGUUUUCAGACUGCUAGCAAUAAAAAAAUUAAUGUACCAGAAGAAAAACUUGCAAGUUAUUUGAAAGUAUUUGAUGGUAUUGAUGUAAAUAUUACUGAAAUGGAUGAAAAUCUAUAUACAAAAUCACCUAGUGAAGAAGAAAUGCAAGAUCCCCCGUUAAUUAAAAUUAAAACUGUUAAUAAUGAAAACAUAAGUUUCUCAGAAAUCUCUAAGGCUAAAAGUAACAAACUUAUGCUCAAUAUUGAUUUAGGAAUUGCAAAUAAAGAAAAUGAAUGUGCAUAUACAUACAUACAGUUACCAGAAUAUAAGGACGUAUUACAACCAGAAAAGUACAUUUUCCAAACAGCAAGCAGUAAACCAAUUAGUGUUACCGAAGAAGCUUUUGAAGCCAGUCAAAAAAUAAUAAAUGCUAAAACAGACAAAGAUGUAAGAAAUGUCGUUAGUUUGGGAAAUGUUGGAUUUAAAACUGCUAGUAAAAGAAAAAUUGACAUAUCUAAACACACUUUAAAUAAAGCCAAGAAAUUUUUUGAUGGAAUUGUUGAAACACCAUCAAAUGAGUUUAAAGACUUAGAGCAACAUAUAAAAUCAAAAUUUCAAUUUCAAACUGCAAAUAACAAAGCAGUUAAUGUUUCUGAAAAAGCAAUUGUAGCCAGCCAAAAACAACUAAAUACUGAUCUCUAUUGUAAAAGUUUACAAAUGGCUGAGAAUAAAAAUAGUAACAUUUCUAUGAAUGCUAUUUAUAGCAUCAAUGCCAAUGCAGAUUCAAAACAAAAUGAAGCAUACUUAGAACAACUGAAAGAUAUCAGUUUAAACAAUAUUUUAGAUAGUCAAAUCAUAAAUAACUUUGAAGAAACUCUAUACACUGAGGAUUUUUCGAAAGAAACAUCAUCAACAUGUAAGAGGUCUGGUAGCCCUAUUCUGCAAUGUCCUAAAGCCAAAAAAUGCAGAUUUGAAGCACCAGUGAGGGUUAUAAAGAAUAUCAACCCCAAUGGCUGUCAAAACAAUAGAAAAGCAACAUUUGUUUUUGACAGUAAUUAUAAGAAACACAAAGUUUUUAGUCUCAAAGAUUUGAAUAUGUUUGAAGAAAAAUAUAAAUCUAAAACUAUGGACACUCAGUUUUUUGGUUUCAACUUUGAAAAUAUUUUGGAAUUUGAAUUUAGCAGUGAGAGAAAUGAUUGGACUGGGGUAAAAUUAACUACAAAUAGUAUAAAAGAGAUGUUUGAAGAAUCUGUAAAUAAAAAAAUUAUACCAACUGGCUGGAUUGAAAAUCAUUUGAAAUUGAUUAUAUGGAAGUUAGUAUCAUAUGAAAUUAAAUAUCCAAAUGUUUGUUACAAAGCUUGUUCAAUGAAAAAAGUAAUGGAACAACUUAAAUAUAGAUAUGACCGGGAAUUAUAUAAUGUUCAAAGACCUGCCUUUAGAAAGAUAUUAGAGCGAGAUGACAUACCAACAAAAACUAUGGUUGUAUGUGUUGUUGGUUUCUAUAUAAAUGGUGUUUAUGUAAGCAGUGUUGCCAACUCAACCGACACCAUAGAGUUACUACUAACAGAUGGUUGGUACUGCAUAAAGGCAUGUAUAGAUAGGCUAUUGGCAAAGUAUGUGUGUCAGGGCAAGAUAUGUGUUGGAACGAAGCUUGUAAUAAAUGGUGCGGAAUUGAUUAAUUGCGACCAAGGAAUCUCUCCAUGGGAGGACACAUCCUCCGUAAGGUUAAGAUUAUUCGGUAACUCGACACGCCGUGCUCGCUGGGAUACGAGAUUGGGUUACCAUAGCAACGCCGCCAUCUUAACACAACUGUCAGCUGUUAAAGCUGACGGCGGAAAAGUAUCAAAGUUACGGGUGUAUGUUACGCGCGUAUAUCCUACGCUUUAUGUUGAGAAGUUUGAUGAUGGUAGCAUGGUUACUCGCUCAGAGAGGUUGGAAAAUUUACACCAAAUGAAGUAUGAAUCCGAACGUCAAAUGCUGCUUGAGAAGAUUUAUGAAGAUGUUGAGAAAGAAUUUUAUGAGCAGGAGUCUCAGGAUUCUGAAGGAGUAGAUGUUGAUAAAAGACUAGAAACAGGAUCGCAGAUUGCGAGAGCUAUGAAAAAACACUUUGAUCCUGCUGAAUUUAGAGCAUCAUUAACAGAAUCACAACUGCGGAGUCUUCAAAACCAUACAAAUAAGCAAAAAGACAAACAAAUCGAACGUAUACAGAAAAAAGUGCGGGAGAAAAUAAAAACUAGCAGCCUAAAUGUUGCCAGAAAUGUUGUUCCCCUUAUGAAAAUUCGUGUUGCCAGCGUUGGAGAGGAUUUUAAAAUUUGUAAAGGAAUGAUAUCAAUAUGGCGGCCAAAUGAGGAAUUACAGGAAAUAAUAACAGAAGGAAAAUGGAUUCAAGUCUAUAAUGUAGUUCCCACAGCUCAUAGAUAUUCAGAGAUUCAGCUCUCAGCUAGCCGCCAAUCGAUAUUCCAAAAUUAUGAAGUUAAAAACUUUACGAAAAAUACAAUUAUUGAGUCGCUGAAGCGACGAUAUUACCCUAUUCGAGAUUUAACCAAAAAUUCAUUUUUAAACACAGACUAUAACGAAAUUGAUACAGUUGGUUUUAUUUUUUUAAUCGAACCUUCAAUUAGAGAAUUCGAAACCUCAAAACAGUUAUAUCAAAACGUAUUCCUCGCUGAUGAAAAUAAAAAUAUAAUCUGUGUCAAUUUUUGGGGCGGAAUAAAAAAGUUUGGCUUCGAACAUAUUUUGGAUACAGGUCAAAUCGUUGCUUGUAUCAAUUUGCAAAAGAGAUCUGGCAACACAAUGAAGAGUAUACCACAAUAUCGUGCCACCGAGUUUUCAUAUUUUACAAAAACAUCUAAAUAUAAAUGUAUAAGAGAGGUUUCAGAAGAGCUGAUAAAAAUUUUCUCUGGAUUGGAUAAAAGAAAAUUUCAAGAGGACUGUGUAGUUUUCAAGAAUAAUUUUGCUAGCAUAAAACAUUGCAACGAUGUAUCACCAUACAGGAUGAAUAAUAGCGAUUACAAUAUUUCCAAAAACAAGAUAUUUAUAGAUUCACCUAUAGCCAAAGACGCUAAUUUUAAUCUUAGCGGUCUAGAUUUUGAGUCCACUUUCAAACAAAGGGAUACACAAGAUAUGGCACCGCAGGAACUAUUACGUAAGGAAAAAGUGAACGCAAAAAUAGCUAAAUUGAAAAUGUACGGGGAACCGCCACCUUUAAGUACCAUAAAUAUAAUAAAUGGAUCAAAAAAUGCAGCUAACGCAUUCAAAAGUCCGUUGACUACUCGAAAUAAUAUACAAGUUACCUGUGCAGAAAAAUCAAGCAUUCUCAAUAAAGAAAAUUCAAAUAUAGAGACAAGUCCUGUGUUGCCACUUAGAAGAUCUGGGAAGAAACCAACUGUAAAUCCUGUAAAAUUAAACUUUAAUGUUGUUAACAACGUAAAUAAUAUAGCCGAUCCUUUUGCCGAUGACUUUGACGCUAGCCCGCCACUAAGCUUAGAUUAAAUAUUAGAGACAAUAACUGUGAUUUAUAAAAAACCUAUCUUUAUAUUUAAAUCUAAAGAUUUUGAUUGUUAUAUUUAUAUGUAUUGUGUAAGACCAAAUAAAAAGUUUCAUUUGUUUUUA